AUGGCUAAAGAUGCCCCAAAAGAAGGGGUAGAGAAGCUAAUCAUUCAAGCCGGUGGAUUGAAAUACCUUAUCAGCUGUUUACAUGGAAGCUCAGCAAUUCAUAAAGUGAAGGAGGAGGGCAGUAGAUGUACCAAAACAUUGAACAAAGAGAAAAAGGAAGAGGCAGCUUUUCAUGUCCCAGAUGGAUUACCCAAAUCUGCCAAAGAGGUAGAAGAAGAAAAAGAAGAGAAAGCGAGAAUGCCGGAUUCAGCUUUAACCAGAAUGCUCAGAAGCGAUGGGAAGCUCCCAGCUUGGUACUCCUCUGCACCUUGUCAUUAUACAGGUUGA